AUGCCGGACCUUGAGAUCCCGAAUAUGGUCUAUCCGAAAUAUGUGUCGACUGUCCUCCCGGACAGCGACUCGCCAUCGGCUGCUGUCGGUUUGCCUCCGCCAACGCUGUCGUCUGCCAUUUCUACUCUAGGCCCAGAUGAUCUUGCCGACGCUGCGGCUUCCGGACUGACUCUGCCCACGGAAGUCUGUGGUCCAGAGACAAUAGGCUCCACUUCAACUUUCGCCGCUGGGCUACAUCAACUACGCGUGGGUCUUCUCACCGGUACCGAUGACCACGAGGAUCAUCUCACCUCGCUCAACUCAUUGUCUCGCCCAGGCGCCACGGCCUGUCCACCCAAACCGGCAGAUAUCGCUUCGUCGUCGUCGUCGUCUUCUUCAUCCUCUUUAUGCGUUCAUCACAACGCCGACUUUCACUACUCAGACGCUGUUGCCAUGGCAGGCGAAAGACAGAGUGUACCGGAUAUGCACGCCGCCUCUAUACCUGGAAGAGCAGAGUUUCGCAUCAACAACACCAUCGUUGCCAACUCAAUGAGCACGCCACAGAAUCCCGCUUUUUCCCCUUCUAACCCUUCUUCUAAUUCGACCGGAAAUUGGUUUUCACAACCUGUAGCUGCCCUAUGCUCCGUGCUGGAUGGCAGCGGCGGCGGUGCCGGCGCUGGUGGAGGUGUCUACAGUAGCGCAAGUGCCGGUAGAGGAUCGGCAAACGUCAACGAGGUACCGGCCGGCCUCACGGCCUCUCUACUCUUCCAA